AUGAAGCAUGUUCGUCCACUCCGCAUCGUGAAGCGGCCGGACAGCGUCUGCGGUGUAUCAGUCGGGAACGUCGAUGACCAGGCCUCCAGAAGGUCCAGCCAGGAAACAAACAAGAGUCGCGGCAGCGCCCCUGAUCCUCCUGGUGGCGAUAGACCCCUGACCCUGCCCAAGACCAGAGGUCAUAGAAAUAGUCGGUUGUUUGGAAAUCUAGACAAUGUGGACGAGACACCCGUACCUCUUGGACGAGGUCCGUACCUCUCGAAAGGCUACGAAGGCUACUGUGGCGCUGAGGGUCUGUCCAUGAACGGCCGAGCUUGCCCUCCAGACUCGUGCAACAGCCAAGCCACUUGGGACGCUCAUGCUAUGGACUCAUUUCGGCCUCGUCAUUCGCCCAAGCUUAGAGGCCGGGGCCUCGUAAGAUCCGCAGCCGGAUUUCGUGAUCAGUUCAGCAUUCUGAACUCGCAGCAGGCAAUUUCCACAGCACACUGUCCAUUUCCGGGGCUCAUCGAUAUCAUCCAGAGGUCGAAGACUGCUAACAGCCUCUCGUGUCGCGAGCCUUCGCCUCUGGCACUGUGCAAUGACGGCGAGGUCUCCGAUGACCCUUUUACAACACCAACGAGGCACACCGACUAUGACAUCGAGUUGGGCACUCUACUUGUACCGGAUGUGAGAAUCACUCCGGAAACACGUGUUGUAGACACAGGUUACCAAAGUUUCUGGAUAGCAGUGGAGAUAUCGGCGCGCCUGCAUCGACCUGAUCAUGGUCUCGAAGACUCAGCAGAAGACCACAUCCCUCGCUCACAGAGACCUUUUAGCUCUGUAGGGUUUGAUACAAAGAGUGACGUCUUACACGACGUCCAGGUUGAGGUCGAAUCCACUUCAAAAAGCCGCGUGCUUGAGGUCAUAGAGCAUGAAGCGUCUCCCAAUGGCCAUGUUCGGUCCCAGUCUGAUGAGCUGAUGGAAGAUCUCGAGGAUCAUCUCGGCAGCGCGCAAUGCGAGUAUCUCAAAGUGAACAUUAUCUACCGACACUCGGUCUUUUCGUCCAUGCUGGAUCCCGCCAGCUUGUCUGGGCUGAAUAGUGGCGUCGUCAGUUCCCAGACCAGGCUUCGCACUACUUUCACCGCCGCCAUCGCCCGAUACAAUGCUGCGUCGCCGUGGUCACCCCCUCCAGCACCCACACCCAAUCGUCUCUUGGGAAUCAUAGCCGCUCACUGGGGCAUGGACGCUGCGGAUGACCUCCUUCGGAAUAAAUUGGUACCUCAAAAAAUCACUCCUCGCAAGACGACGUACCUCGCGUACCCAAGGAUCUCAUCACGAAGCCGCGGUCGAGAUGCUGUAGAACGAGCCUCGAAGCCUGUGGUAGGGAUGCACGUGGCCUCGCCUACACGGCCCGCACCGCCACCACCUAUACAAGACGACGCGGAGGGCCCGUCUCUCGAUGCAGCUUCCAAGAUCUGGGAGAAGAUCAGACGCUGCUCGGGACUCAGUAUGGCCCCGCAUCGGCGCAAGACUUCAACUUCUACGAUCUCAUCUGUUGCAGCCUCGGUGUCAUUGCCCUUCUCUGUGGACAGCAGCGCAGACAGCUGGGCCAUACGGCGCAAGAGGGCUAAUGUUCAUGGCAGCAACUCUUUGAUGAUACAGAGGCAGCGGUUGGCAGCCAUGGGAUCUAGAACAAGCCUGGUCGACCGGACGAACCUGAGCAUGGUGGAGGACGGGUCGGUUCCUAGUACCAAGCGCAGAAGCCCCAAGGGGGACAACAGCGGUGGUGGGCGCAAGAGCUCUGGUAAAUGGGGCUUCACGAACUGGUUGUUAAACGGCUGA